CUGGAGAUAGAUGUUGCAGUUUGAAGUAACAAACAUAAAAAGUUAUGAUUUUUCGCAAUUAAAUUUCGUUAUGUGUAAAUGGACAUAAUCUCUGAAAAAUCGUAAUUAAAACGAUCAAAAGCCUUGAAGAUAAACUCACAGUGUGAAAAUGUCUAGAUCCAAAUCAAGACAGCUACAGGUUAGUAGAAGUGAACAAAACGUUGAAUAUCGCAACUUUCGAGUAGUUUUCUUCUAUUGUACUUUGAUAAUUGUUUUGCCGGUGGUUACAUUUUUUGGGUCCAAGUAUUUUUUGUUUGAUGGUUUUCUUCAGUUAGCACCGGUCAGUAGCAAUAUUUAUUCGGCAGUCUCUGCAGUGAUCGCACUACACAUCGCCCUUGGUUUAUACAUAUACCGAGCUUAUUUCGAUAGUGAAUCGUCAAGUUCAACACCUGGUGGCUAUCAGAGAUUAUCUCAAAAACAAGAUUAA